UUUACUCUCUCACAUGAAAGAAGAAGCUAGCGGAUUAAACUGUUCAUGUUUACACUCCCUGACCCGCCGCUCAAACGGGAUGAAGUUCACCCAAAAUCUUCGCUGUUGUACAGUGUCCUUUACCUGACGCAUAGUAAACGAGAGCGAUGUCCUUGCCAGCAGCUAAGUUCAUGGACAAGAAAAACCUCCAAGCAGCAAUAAAGGUGUGACAACAACAGGCCAUUGUGUGUGCUGUGUGUAUGUGUGUGCGUGUGUUUAUGGUUGUGUACGUUUAUGACUGAGUGGCAUAGCAGCUGGGCGUUGUAACGUGAUGCCAAGAUGCUGUUGUCCCUGGGAAUGCUGAUGUUGUCGGCCACGCAGAUUUACACCAUCUUCACCGUUCAGCUCUUCGCCUUCCUCAACCUGCUGCCUGUGGAGGCCGACAUCGCUGCUUACUCAUUUGACAACAAAACAGGCAACUUUGAUGACAUGCCUGCAAGGUUUGGCUAUCGUCUCCCCAGCGAUGGACUGAAGGGUUUCCUGAUUGGUGCACGGCCAGAAAAUGCGUGUGAGCCCAUCGAGCCCCCUCCAAGAGACAACUUGACGGGCGCCUUCAUCGUCCUCAUCAAGCGAUUUGACUGUAACUUUGACAUCAAGGUCCUCAAUGCCCAGAAAGCGGGGUACAAGGCAGCCAUUGUUCACAAUGUGGACUCCGAUGACUUAAUCAGCAUGGGAUCCAACGAUCUGGAUGUUAUGAAGCAGAUCGAUAUUCCCUCUGUGUUUGUGAGCGAGGUGACUGCCAACUCUCUGAAAGAAGACUACACCUAUGACAAGGGGGGACAUGUGGUUCUCAUGCCAGACUUCAGCCUGCCACUGGAAUACUACCUGAUCCCCUUCCUCAUCAUCGUUGGAAUCUGCCUCAUCCUCAUUGUUGUGUUCAUGAUCACCAAGUUUGUCCAGGACCGACACAGAGCUCGGAGGAGCCGUCUGCGCAAAGAUCAGCUAAAGAAACUUCCAAUUCACAAGUUCAAGAAAGGUGACAACUAUGAUGUUUGUGCCAUCUGCCUGGACGAAUACGAAGAAGGAGACAAACUCCGAGUCCUACCAUGUUCUCAUGCCUACCACAGUAAGUGCGUGGACCCCUGGUUGACCAAAACUAAGAAGACGUGUCCGGUGUGUAAGCAGAAGGUGGUCCCCUCGCAGGGCGACUCUGACUCAGAUUCAGAGGAAGGGGACAGCGGCCCUGACGAGAACGAGGAGGUGUCUGAGAGCACCCCGCUGCUGCGCUCUCUGGCCUCCACCAGCGCCCACUCCUUCGGUACCAUGUCAGGAGCGUCGCGCUCAGAGCAAGACCAGGAGUCCUCCGAGUACGAAGACGACGAGCUGGACAGCAGCGACAGCGAGGAAGAGGUCACCGUGGAGACUGUGGUGGUGCAGAUGCAGCAGCCCUGCUCUGAAGGCCUGGAGCACGACCUACCCCGAGCUUGACUGAUUGUUGGCUGGCUGAUUGGUCACUAAACCGCCUCCCCCACCCCACCCCCAACCUCACAGCUUCAGAGACUUUUGUUGGGGGGCAAAAAACGGAUUCAUCAUCUGAGUUCUUCUGUUACUGCUUAAAAUACAUUGUAAUGUAUCCUCCCUACAAGUUAAAAUACAAAUCUAAGUUUUCUUUUUAACAUGAUUAUGGAUAAAGUGCUGGUUUCUACAUAUGUGACAGGAAGUCAGUGAGCAUAUCACAAGGGCUGCUUGACAGACUUGACAGGACUGAUGACACUGAUGUACAGUAAACUGUUAUACUGUACUCUGUUGAGUCAUAAAAAAAAGAUGAUACACAUGUUUUUUUUCUGUUUUAGUCACAAGUGAAAAAGUCCCAAUUGCGCUUUACACAAAGUUCAGCAAAAGUACUGUGUAUAUAUAAAAUAUAGAUCACAUUAAGUUACAUAUUUACCUUUGAUUAUGUCCUAUCUUAUAUGUUUCAGAUGACUUGGAAGGUUUAUUAUUGUACAUACAUAUUCAUGCUAAACUGUCACACCCAGAAGCGCUAUGCAGCAUCCUUUUUGUAAAACUAACAUUCAGAAAGUAUAGAAACAUUUAAAGCCACAGCAAAAUGGUUUUGCCAGUUUAUUUCUAGCCUGAUGUGUGAAGGAGCCUCACUGCUUCUGUCUGUGUUUUUUGCCACAGUUUGUCUGUUACGGUGAUUUACAUUAAGAGAAACUGAAGCCAAACCAGACUGAGAAACACAUUCAAUGCAAAGAGUGUGCUCUCCAUGUGACGUCGCAGUAUGCCGUGGGUUACACCGGUUCAAAGUGUGAAGAGACACUUCUGUAUCCACGCUGUCUGUGGUAAACUUCUUCUGGCUGCUCCAGACCUAUCACUUCCUUUAACACAAGCAGUUACUGGUUGAUAGGCCUUGUGAUACACAUUUAAUUGACUUUAUCUCAUUUUAAUACUGUUUAUAGUAAAUACUAAAUACACUAAUGUGUUUUUUUUUUUCAUAACAUGGUUUGAUUUUUGUUGACAAAUCCUGUUGCCUUUUUCAGUUGAUGUAUUUUGUCUUGUCAGUGUUUUCCUGCUCAUGUAUGUCUGUUCUCAAUAUGAAUUCACUUCAAUAAAAUGAAAAUGACACUUGA